AUGCCUUCGUUGGAGAAGACUCAAGUGUCAUCGCCAAUUACAUUGGACGUUGGUGGCAUACAGUUCAAGACCUCAAAGGAGACACUGCUCAAUGCCAAAGGAUCAUACUUUGAGAUAUUAGUACAAAAUAUGAUGAAUCGUUUAUCAGAGACUGUUGGUGAUGAUGAGAAUGAACAACAAACAGACUCUGCACUCUAUCAAUUCAUUGAUAGAGAUGGAACACACUUUAGAUACAUUCUCAAUUUUAUGAGAGGUAUACCAGUAGUUAUACCAACAAAUAUCAAACCAAUAUUGAAGGAGGAGAUAUCAUUCUAUGGUAUUCAAGGCAUGGAUGCUCUUGUAAAUUAG